AGUUGCACCACUUCUACUACCAUCAAGCAAGCAGUUCGAUCCUCAACCGCCAGUUCCUAGGGUCAAGACCAGAACAUCAUCAUGAAGCUCAGCACCCUCAUCCUCGCCAUCGGCGCUACCAGCCUUGUCUCCGCCGCUCCUCAAUUCGUUGAGGACCCCGUCGAGGACCCCGUGGGCCCCGUCAGGCCUUCCUUCUCUCGCCCUGGAGGCCUGCCCAGCGGUCGUCCCACCGCCCGUCCACCCGUUCCAAGCAUCAGCCGCCCGGGCGUUCCCUCUGGCCGUCCUACUCCCCCAGUCCCCUCUGGCCGUCCUACUCCCCCAGUCCCUUCUGGCCGUCCAACUCCCCCGAUCCCCUCAGGCCGCCCUACCCCUAGCGGUCGCCCCAGCGGACCCCCUAUUCCCAGCGGCCGUCCCACGCCCAGCGGCCGUCCCGGGCGACCCAGCUUCACGCUCUCGGUCCUCCCCACGCCGACCAAGCGCCCGACGCCCCCGGUCCUUCCUACCCCCAGUGGACGACCCACGCGCAGCGUUCCCGUUCCUCCUCGCCCUACGGGGACUCCAGACGACGAUGAUGAGGAUGACGAUGGUGAUGACUGGUGGGACUGGGACGCUGCUCAGUAGAUUCGAUUGCCCGUUGGGUGGUCGGCUUCUCGCUGAG